AUGAAGGGGCCCGAUGCUGUGGCCUUGGGCGUGCUGCUCGCCGGAGCCGUCCAUGCAUCUGCCGGCAAUGGCGUUGUCCAAUGGGACAUCCAGAGAUCGCAACGACCGGAGGAGUUCAAGAGGCUGAGGAAACGCGCCGACACCUUUGAGGAGGUUGUCACAAACGAGCAAGCAAGAGGAGGGUAUUUUGCUACCUGCCGGUUGGGGACGCCCGGACAGGACCUGACGCUCCAGCUAGAUACUGGGAGCAGCGACACUUGGGUGCCGGAUUCCGAGGCUCCGGUGUGCAGGGCGGCUGGUACUGAAGGGUUCAACCCCGACGAGUCAAGCACCUUCGAGGUCGUCGGAAAGGACCAAUUUGACAUCGAGUAUGUGGAUAACAGCUCUUCAAAGGGCGACUAUUUCACCGAUGCCUUUGAGAUUGGCGGCGCCACUUUGCAAAACCUAACCAUGGGGCUCGGUCGCCGCACUGAUAUCGCAUAUGGACUCGUCGGUGUGGGCUAUGCCGUCAAUGAAGCGAUCGUGGGGACCACCCAGUCGCUUUCGUCCGUCUAUCCCAACCUUCCUGUCGAGAUGGUCAAUGAGGGCCUGAUCAACACUGUCGCUUACAGCUUGUGGUUGAACGAUCUGGACGCCAGCUCGGGAAGCAUCCUCUUUGGUGGAAUCGACACCAAGAAGUACAAAGGAGACUUGACGAGGAUCCAGGUCUACCCUACCCAGCAGGACAUUUUUUCGGCGUUCUUGGUCGCUUUAACGACCGUGGAGGCCGUCAGCUCCAGUGGCCAGGACACUUUGACAUCGGAGGCUUUCCCCAUCCCUGUGGUCUUGGACUCUGGCACUACCCUCUCCUAUCUACCGACCGACCUGGCGAGACAAGUCUGGAAGGAAGUCGGUGCUAUCUACUCCCCCGAGGUCGGAGUGGCCGUACUCCCCUGCAGCAUGCAAAAUAGCAAGGGUCAUUUUUCUUUUGGCUUUGCUGGUCCCAACGGGCCCCGGAUCAACGUCGGUAUGGACGAGCUGGUCCUCGAUUUGACCUCGGGAACCCCGCCGACCUUCCUCAGCGGCCAAUACAGGGGUCAGGACGUGUGCCAGUUCGGCAUCCAGAACUUUACUUCGGCGCCAUACCUGCUGGGUGACACCUUCCUCCGCUCGGCGUACGUGGUUUAUGACCUAGUCAACAACCAAAUCGGCAUCGCCGAGACCGACUUCAACUCGACCGAGAGCAAUAUCGUGGCAUUCCCUAGCAUGAGCGCUCCCAUCCCGUCUGCGACGGCUGCCCCUGACCAGAACCAAGCCACUAAUAUCCCGGCUGUGACGUCCCCGGCGUACGCGGCAAGCUCGGGAUUCCUGGAGAGUGUGGAUGGAUCGGAGAAUGCGGCUCCAGGCAUGUCUGCGGCCUGGGGGGCAGGGCAGAUUGUGAUUGUGGGCGCCACCAUGAUGAUGAUGGCACUUGGCUCGGGUUUAUUCGUUACAUUUUAA